CGAUUUGGCGGGGUUUUACAUAACUUUUGAAAACGGUUCUGGGAAAAUCGCCAAUUGUCGAUUACCGUACAUGUAGGCCCAUAUUUCGUAAUAGAUACUAAUUGAACCAAAGACAAAAGUGGCUAGAAACGCGGGCACGAUUUAUGAAAGUGAAAUUGCACUAGUUUAAAGAAAUUUCAAAUGCAUGUCUUGGGCAUUAAACUCGUCAUCGCGGGCAAUACGCAUGUGUGAAAAUCUGCGCGUAAAGCCACAACAACGACGCUUCAAUUAUCACUUUGAACUUGGAGCGGAUCACCGAUAGCCGGUGGUAUAUAAGCCGGCUACCCGGCUUCGAGCUGAAUCAUUCGGUUCUGCAGUGACCAAACCAAAGCCACAGGGAUACCAGCUUUUACUCUUUACACCGCUACAACGCUAAACAAUCAUGCACAAGAACACCAUUUGGUACGCAGCUGUGCUCCUUGUCGUUUACUUCACCCUGGUGUUUUGCGAGGAGACGAAGAACGAGGAGGCUCCGGCGCAAUUGGAUAACCAAGUGGAGGACACAUGGGAAAAUCUCGGCCGGGAGUUAAUGGAGUUUGAGGGACGUACUCGCCGCCAUCGCCACCACAUGUUCUGGUAUCGUCACCUAUGGCCCAUUGCCAUUGCUUACUGGAUCAAGGUGAAAGUGGUGAUCGUAUCCUUCUUUGUGGGCAGUGCCAUUUACUUGGGUCUGCGCUAUUUCUGGCCCCAUGCCAGGUGCAACCAGGAGAUCAUCCUGGAUCAUCCUCCUUCGUCUUUCUCCCAUCACGAUCACAUUCCCUACUCUCUGGACCAUGAUCAUUCGGAGCACUAUGAUGCUCCUUCAUCUUUUGACUCCGGCGCCAGUUUCGAGCCCUAUUCCGGAUACAGCAGCUAUGCAGGAUCGGACAUUGUCUCUGAUGUGCAUGGCGACUACCAUGGCGAAUCUCCCUCUGGACCAAGUGGUCCAUCUGGUCCCGUAGAUACGCGCCGUCGCGGACGGCGUAGCGCUGCAGAUAACGCCCAUUUGAUCCAGGAUGAGCAGGAGGAAGAGCACGUGGAGAUUGUGGAUGAGGAAAUUUCAGAAAGCGUGGCUCGCCAAAUGCCCGCCGAAGAGCAGAUUGCCGAUUUUAUGUUCGCCUUUUUGGGCCUGGACUCAAAGGCGUGCCGACGCCGAUUCGUCUGUGAAAUGGAGUUCAGAUCCAAGUUGAAUCCCUUGACCAGCAUGGCCUUCCGCAUUGUGGGUCGCGGAUUCUUUGAGAAGUACACCAAUGCCAGGAAUCCUAUGGCCAGGGCCACCAGCUUUGGCGAGUGUGCUGCCGUCAAUCCCGAGUGCAUUUUCGUGGAGAACGAUAACGCCGAGGAAAAUCCGGAGUCGGAGGGACACCAGGAGGCUGAUCAGCAACAGGAAGCUGAACAGCAACAGGAGGAGCAGGCAGCCACCGAGGAAUCUGCCGCUGAGGAUUCCCAGAAUGAGAUCAACCUCCAAGCCGAAAGGCGACGAGCCAAACACAAGAAUCGCAAGCUCAGCUCCAUUGCCGAGCACAUCCUGAUGCAGUAGAACAACCUUGUCUAAUUAAUCUAUUUAAUUGUAUUUAUUUAUUUUAGCUAUAAGAGUGGAUAACGAACACAAAUAAACUUGCCUCAAUCUAUGUAUGGAAAGUGAAAAAUUACAACGUUUUCUUAAAUGCAAUUCAAAUUAAAAAGUUUAAGUUA